AUGAAGGGCCGCAUCUACAUCACCAUCGAUGACGAUGAUGACGAUGGAGACAGCCACUGGGGAUCCUCGACUUCUGCGCCUCGUGUAGCGCAAGAGCAGAAACCCUCUCCGUUCGGUUCCUUGGGCGAUCGGUACAACUACUCAUCCCCAAAUGUGCCAAAUAUAAAGCUCGAGCCUCAAGAAACCCUAAUGGAGACAAUUUUCGAGCGCGCACCCGAUACUGGAAACGAGGGCCAAGGAGAGCCCCAAGCCCAGCUGGAAGAAGACAACCCAACGAGCCAGGUUGACCAAGCCAUGCCAGACUCUGAGACUCAAGGCCAAGAGAAGCCGCAAAACAUGGACGAAGUCGAUCAAGAUAUGCCAGAUAUCGGACUUGAAAGCCAUGAUCAGCCUGAAGUCUUGCCUGAAGAGGAGGCGUCAGAGGAGCAGCCUGACCAAGCGAUGCCAAACACUGCGGCCGAGGGCCUGGGGGAGUUUCCGAGCCUCGUCGAAGAAGGCUUUGCAAAGGAGCCAGUCAGCCACCCGAUGCCAGACAUUGGAACUCACGACCAAGCAGAGUACCAAGGCCCACUUGACGAACCAUCUCUCUUUUUGCAGGACGGUGAAGAUGAAGUAGACGCAGAAAUCGAACAGGAGCUUGAUAACAAUACCACUCUGGAAGACAAUCAAGCACUUGACGGCGUCGACGAGGAACCUACUUCAACUGAAGCGGGCGAUUUUGCUACCAAUUUUGGGCACAAGAUUUCCAGCUCUGGUCAAUUCAAAGUCAUGGGGGAUGUGUCGGACAGCGAAGAAGAACAGAAUGACGAGCAGGAGGAUAUGGACGAGAACAUGGACAGUCAAAAUCUAGAUGAAGAUGAUGGUAUGCGCGAAAACGAGGGGAUUGAAGCUUACGAAGAGCACUUUGGCGAGGGGUUUGACCAAGAUUUUGGUGAAGACCAAGAUCAGGAGGAGGCACAACCAGCCGAUGAAGAAGUCGAGGGUGAUAAUCAAGAUCCUGAUCAUCAAGAGAAUUCCGAACAAAAGCCAGACGAAGGCGAUGACGGGAGUGAAUACGAAGAUACAGACUCUGAAGAGGAAUCAGACAACGAAAGCGCCAAUACAACGAAGACCCCAGCUUCUGAGGCCAAGGUCCAAAAAGCCAAGUCAAAGAAAAAAAAGGACCCAACGACGGCCAAGUUUGCGCCAACAGCCAGGGAGUACUUCAGACGCAAGAAGGUGGCUGCAGAAGCCAAAAAAGCCGGCGUGAAGCGGAAGGCUGAGACGCAAAAGUCGGCACCGCCUAAAAGAAAGAAACCGGCGGACCAGACAGGAUGGCGGAACAACGAACCUUGCAUGAGGCUCGCUAAGAAGUUUCUCGAGACCGAGGACUUGCCCAAUGCUGCCAGUCAAGGAUCCUUGCCGAGCUUCGGAUCGAUAAAAGCCACUACAUAUAAAGAUCAAUUCGCUCAAAUCAAAGCGAAGCUUCCUAAGCACGGGGAUACUCGUCGUAUGGCUUCCCAGGAAAAGGAUCUGAAAAGGGCUGCCUCGAGCUUCGGAUAUAAAAGGAUGGUCGCAACCGAUGGAGAAUGGACUCAUAAGGAUAUGGAGACUAGUCUCUUUAACUACCAAGUCACGAUCACAUCUUGGAUGAUGGAGCGUGAAUGCUCCGGUUCCUCUCCCCUUGGUGGAUUGAUUGGAGACGAAAUGGGAAUGGGCAAGACUCUGGUCAGCCUUGCUUGUGCUGUUGGCAACCCUCCAGAAGCUGAGGAUAUCGAGGAAUUCUGCAAAGCUACUUUGGUAAUUGUGCCAAACAAAAUGAUUGCUCGCCAGUGGUGGGAAGAAAUUAGGAAGCACUGCAAGGAACACAUCCGGGGUCUGGCUUCCAUUUAUCGAUUCGCAGAUGACAGUGGCCUUGAUUUCUACAAAGAGAGGUUCUUUGUACUUGCAACUUAUCGCGACAUUAUGAAUCAGCAUCCUGGCAUAGCCAAGGUUCAAGAGUGGAAAGAGAAAUAUGAAGACGACAAAGUGUCGUUCAAUCGCGAGUUCAGCAAAGCUGCUGGAGACCUUUUCAAGAUUGAUUGGUACCGCAUUAUACUUGAUGAGGCCCACCAGAUCAAGAACGUCAAAGCUCACAAAUUCUUCCCAUAUCUUAAGUUUCUUGGUUGCCCAUUCACUGAUUCAUCCUUGAAUUUCCACAACAAGUUCGUUGACGGAUUCCGAGGCAGGGAAAAUUUCGACGCCCUCGCUGGAUUGGUUAUGUACAGGAGAACCAAAAAGGACUCCUUUUUAGGACACAAGAUUCUUGAUCUCCCGGGCAUGCACAGUGAGGAUAUUUGGGUCACCAUAACCCAAGAGGAGCAGCUUAUCUACGAAGCUGUCUUUGAGCAUUACGACAAGGCCAUCCGCCAAAUGAAGGCCAAAGAAAAAGAGAAGGGCUAUCUCACAGACAGGGAGAAGGACCAGCUGUCCGAAAUCUACCUUGCGCAAUCCACCAGGCUUCGACAAACUGUGUCACAUCUAUUCGACAUAGAGCGUUUUUUUAGGGAAUCCAUCAAAGACGUCGAGUUGGAGUCUCUCAUGGAGAUUCUCAAUUCAAUAUCCGGGAAGGCAAAACUGAUCGAUAACCUGAAACACCAAGAAGGAGUCGAGGGAUAUUCUCUAGGCUUGAAGAAACUGGAAGGACAGAAGGCCAACGUCUUCGGGGGCUCAUUUACCCUCAAGAACUUUCUUAGGUUAUCUCGGAAUGAGGUUAAGGUACGAAGAAAGAGCUGCCGAUGCUUGAUUUGUAACAAAGACGACAUGCCCAAGGAGCCCAUGAAGAGCCACCACUGUGGGCACGUUUAUUGCAUGGGAUGUCUCUUGAAAAAGGUUAACGCAGAACGUGAGCGUGGAGGGGUUAAAUGUCUGCACGCGACUUGCACAAAGCCCCUCACGGCAGGAGAUACUGUCGAGCUUUUUGACGGCAUCAUAACCCAGGCCAAAGCGGACAAGUUCGAAGAGCCAGGCAAGGACAGCCUCAACGCCCGGGUCGCUAGAAAGAAGGAAGCAAAUGGUUUUUUUACUGCCGCUUGCUUUCAACCCAAAAGUUAUGAGAUCCCUCCCAGCACAAAGCUGACUGCAGCCUUAUCCGUGAUCUUGACAUGGCAGGAGAAUCAUCCAGAUGACAAGAUUUUAGUUUUCACCCAGUUUGUCAUGUCUGGAAAGAUCUUGGGCUACAUGUUGGGCCAGCUCGGGAUGGAGUUCCUCUAUCUUUAUGGCAGCAUCGAUGAUCGCGGGCGAAAGAAGGCCAUUGAAGCUUUCAAGACAGAACCAAAUAAAAAAAUAAUGAUUAUCGGGCUGAAGUGCGGCGGCCAGGCGUUGAACCUGACAGAAGCAAACCGAGUUAUACUUAUUGACCCCUGGUGGAACAACGUCCAAGAGAAUCAGGCCUUUGGUCGCGUAUGGAGACACGGACAGACCAAGGAGACGCAUUUGGUUCGUAUAUGGGCAGACACGCCUAUGGAUCACCAUAUUCACAAGCUCCAGAACGACAAGGCAAUCGCAGUGGACUAUGCUCUGCAGGAUGAUAACCACAAGCCUGCAGUCCUGGAUGACGGAAGGCUGCAGAAACUCUUCGCACCCAUCCACAGAGUGAAAUCGAAGGUGGCAAAGCAGAAGAAGAAGUGA